AUGCAUAACUAUUUCUUUUUUGGGGUAGCGUUUGUACUAUCCAUUAAUUUCGUGACCUUUACUAGUGGAAUCAAAGUCAAGGAUGUUUUUGCUUCAAAAUUGCAGCAGGAUGGUGACCAUAUUCCAAAUGACUACACUAAUGAAGGAUUAACCUUUGCUGAAUUGGGAUCCUUUUUUACUCCAGUAGAGAUUGCUGAUGGAGCUGGAAACAGUGUAUACUCCUUUUUACAUACUGCGACAGGGUCUACGGGAGUAAAUCAUGACUCUGUAACUGCCUCCAAAAAAUCAUUAAAUUUUAAGAUUUCUGGAACAGUAAAAGGGUUGAUUAAGGACCAACCACUCACCGUUAUGGUUGGAACAACCUAUGGCAGCAGAUAUGACAUGUUACUUGAACAAGUUGUCGAUGUGAACUCACCCAGAUUUACCUUUUCAGUUCCACGUGGGACUUUUUACUUGAAGGUUGAAGGCAUUGGAUACUUUUUACCCGGUGCUGUAAAAGUUCCUGUUCCUUGCAAAAGUGCUAAAUGUCCAUUUCUCAAUGAUACAAACGCAAGUAUUCUAGAGGUUAAAUUUGCAAAUGGUUAUGAUUCAAUAUAUAGUUACAACUGGAAGCUACAAAAUGUAUCACAGUUUGGUGUAGAGUAUGUUAACAAAGUUCCACAGGAUGAAGCGUCCCUAUUAACGGCAUUCGAAGGAAAUGUAUCAGCCCAUGUUGAUUCGUCAGAUGCAGCUGCAAAGCUGAAGUUGAUGUUUGGUAUUGAAUUGCACGGUGUUUGGGGUUCUGAGUAUGCUAGCCGUUUAUUGUCUGUGAUUUCCAAGUUUACCUGGAUGAGAAAUAGGCUUUCUAAAUGGAGAAAGAAUCAAAAGUGGCUUUUAACAAAUGAAGCUUUAUAUCCACAGGAUGUUCAAAUAACCAGAUACACUAAUAGGGAUCAAGAUUCCGAAUAUGAACAAGUUGUGCAAAUUUCCAGGGACGCCUUUAAGUUUUCAAACAAGCAGGCGAUUGACAAAAAAUCCAAUGGAUUUUAUUUUUCAAGACGCUUGUACAAGGCUGUGAUUAGAGCCAUAUGUUUGCACAACCCAGCCUAUAUGAAGCACUUGUUUAAAGAGCUGCACAAUGUAGAAAUUUUGGAACCUUAUGAAUUGGAACACAAGAUCCGCACAGGUACUAGAAUUUCUCGCUAUCCAAGUACACACUAUCAGUCAUGGUUUAAACAUCCAGAGGAACUUGUUGAAAUUGCAACAUCUUGGAUGGAAUAUCCAUUAGGAUUACACAAGGUGAAGGGUCUGAAAUAUUUCUUGAGACGUGUGGAUGGGAUGGUAAACCCAGAGGAACCAACAGCACCUGCAAUUGCAUAUCCUAGUGGACCGAAUGUUGAUUCUUAUAUUGAAUUUAUGGAGUGUGGAUUCCGCCAUUACCCUGAUGUUUCUCAGCUCGUUUUGCAUGAAAUUGCCCAUUUUGUUGAUUUUAACACAAUACCCGCAGAUAUACGUGCGAAAUGGGUUCAAAUUGGUGGAUGGGUCAAGGAUCCAAGAGACCCAGAUGGGUGGUCGACUAGACAGCAGACUGAAUUUGUAAGGGCCUAUGCACACAAAAAGAACCCUUCUGAAGACUUUGCAUGCAGUUUGGCAGAUUAUGUUCUGAAUCCGAGGUUGUUGCGUAGUAGAGCACCAAGGAAAUAUGAUUUUGUAAAGAAUCACAUUAUGGGUGGUUCAUAUUAUGUUGUCAAGGCUUCUCACGAAUUCCAGGUUUUGAAUCUGGGCAACCCAGACUAUAUGUUCUCUGGAAGGUUACAAGAGAUUGAUGUAAAUGUUACCGGAAGAAUAAAUGAACCAAAGAAGGUCAAGUUUAAUAUGAAGUUGUUGGACCAUGGACCGGAUACAUGCGCUACAUACAUUAGAUUUAGGCUUGCUUCCGAGAGUGGCACCUUUGUCGAUGUUUCAAUGAGCAAUCAUAGAUGUUCACACACCUUUUCCACAGAAAUUGUAAUGAACCAAUACAUGAAACGUGGAAUAUGGACCACCGACCAAAUUGUUGUAGGAGAUGAUAACGGUUUGGUAAGGUACGUAGGAACAUCAGAUUUUGGACUGAGAGUUUGGAUUAACAAUGGCUCUGAGGACUAUCAGGAUCCAAGGGCUAUUAUUUCAUCAGUCGGAGUAGCACUAAUCAGCAAGGGAAAUACAAAUAUCGUACGAACCACAUGGCUAUUGGUUGAUGACGGAGAGCUUAAGGACGCAAACACGGCUUACGCAGCCAUUAAUGGCAGUACAACUAGUCAGCAUUCCUUGGCUGCUUAUUCUGGAAUGAAGGUAAAUACGCCCAUUGAACCCAAUAACGGCUGGCGUACGAGUGUGUGGAGCGGCUCCAGGAAGGUUCCGACAGAAUAUUGCCUAUCUCAGGGUACUUCCGCAAAUUUUAAUGGAGUUUCCUUGAAUAAACACAAAUUUUCCGGACGAGACAACUAUUUUGGCCUAACACCUGAGGAAUCUCGUUCAGGGCUCUUUAACUGCUACCAAAUUGCAACAAAUAUCCCUUUAAGCAGUGCUUCUAGGACAGGAAGUUACUAUCUUACACGAAUAACAAGCUACGAUUCGGCUGGUAAUUCUCAACUACUCCAGUGGCCUGAUAAAACUGGACCUUUUGUGCAGUUUACAAGCUUGCAAAGAAACCCGGAUAAUUCACCUCCACAAGUGCGUAACAUAGCUGUAUCUAGCAGACCUACGAAUCCAAGGGCUCCAAACGGAGAAACUGAGGUUACAAUAACAUUUGAAUUGGGCGAUUUUCAGAGCGGUAUAUCUACUGUAUGGAUUAAACUCAGGGAUCCAUUUGGCGCUGAUGUUUUGACAUAUCCUAGAUUUGCUAACUCUAAGGGUUGGCAAACGAUUAGACACGUUCAUGUACUUCCUAGAGGCUCGAUUCCAGGAAUUUGGCAUUUGGCUAAAAUUUAUGCUGAGGAUAACGCUGGAAAUGAACUUUCUUUAGACUUGGCUGAACGAGUAUUGGUGUCGUCUAGAGCUUAA